AUGUCCUCUACACCCGGGGGACCUACCCCAAAAGCCGGCGAACGACAACCCUCGAAUGCAGCAACCGACGGCUCAGCUGAAAUGGGAAAAAGCAGUCAAACGAAUCCAGGAGGCACUCGCCCUCUGACCAACGCAGCCAUCGACGCCAUGCUAUCAACGGCAAAAAACGCCUCCUCAGCGAGGCCCUGCAUGGCACACACAAACCACCCCGUCGAACCAAUGACGAGUGAAGCACCUCUGGCUCAAACGACCGAGCAUCCGAGAGAACCCUCGAACGCAAACGAAGGAAGCGCGCCAAACGCCGAUCUAGCAAUGAUGUUACAAUCCUUACUGGAGAAGGUAAGCGACCUCACCCGCGCGAAGGCAAGAGCCGACAACCACUGUCUGGAAUCCACCCGGGGUCAAGAGGAAGAAAUAGCCAACUUACGAAACAGACGCAUACCCGCGGAGCUAGCAGCACAAAUCCAAAGGGACCUCUUCGGAGAUUCAGAAACGCCGACGCAAAGGCAGGCAACACCCACCCCCGACCAAGGCCAAAACAACCCGGAGGAUGCGGACCGAGACAAAGCGAUAAAAGAACUACAAGCAACUUUGAAAGAUAUGAACUCCAGCGUGCAUCAGGCCACGAGUGCGGCACCAGAGAUAGACCGUGUGUUAAAAGAAACCCAAAACUCCCCGUUCACCGCCAAGAUCUACAACAAACCAAUACAGCAUGUGGGAAAAAUAAGGUUUCCAACCUACGACGGAAACUCAGACCCCCGUCAGUACAUGAUCGCAUUUACCAUAGCAUUGGGACGAACCAACUUCACCCCAGACGAGAAAGAUGUCGGAUAUUGCCAACUCUUCAUGGAAAAUCUCAGCGGGCAGGCGCUCAGCUGGUUCUCAAGGCUCGAAUCCGGUUCGAUCGACAGCUACCAACAGUUAUCUACGGCUUUCCUCAAACAUUACUCGAUAUACAUUGAAGACGGGGCGACAGAAGCGGACCUCUAUACUCUGUCCAAGGAACGGACCGAAUCCCUCAGGAGCUUCAUCGGGAGAUUCAAAAAGAUUGUAUCCCGCGUCAAAGUACCGGACAAGAUAGCCACCAUGGCUCUAAUCAACGCCCUAUGGUAUGAGUCGAGGCUGCGCGAGGACCUCAAGAUUAACAAAACCCAAACGCUCAAAGACGCACUACACAGAUCAAACCUGUUCAUUGAGCUGGACGAAGACAAAGAAGCCAUGGCUAAGAAAUACGCAGCGACGAGAGCGGCCGCAACAAAAGACAAAUCAAAAGAAGAAUGCCGUGAGUCGCGAAGCCGAUCAGAGGGCGAACGAAAGAAAGAAGAAGGAGACCGAAAGGGUCAAAACUUCCACGUCAACGAUAUGCAGAGACCACCAAGACAAGCCUGGAACAAAUGGUCCCAAGAAGAUGAUUCAACAAGGUACUACGAAUUCCACAAGAGAAACGGACAUUCUACAAUGGAAUGCAGGCACUUGCAAGAAUACCUACUUGGAAAAUACCAAAGGGGCGAAAUCAAACCACCGUAUAGCGAGAGGGCCAGAACAGAAGCCGAGAACCGAAGGGAUGAUCACCGAAGAACGCCGCCAAGAAGAGAACCAGCUCGCAUAGAGCGUGAAAUAAAAAGCGAAAGCCACACGGGAGUGAAAUCACCUAAAAGAGAACGCCCAGAUGAACGACACGAAGAUAACCUCCCACCCCCGCCACGAAGACGAAUCAACAUCAUCAUGAGAGUAGCCCCUCCAGCAGCAAGAAUAGCCGUGACUACCGAAGGACCAGGUAUGCCCAAGGACGACGCCGUCGCCAACCAAAUUAAGCAUCUCCCGGUGACUUUCAACAACAAAGACAGCACAGGACUAGACUCUCCACACAACGACCCCUUUGUCAUCACACUAACCAUUGCCAACUGUGAAGUAUCCCAAAUUCUGAUAGGUACUGGAAGUUCUGUUGACGUAAUUUUCAAAGACGCGCUAAGAAUGAUGGGCAUAGACGAAAGCCGCAUAAAACCCGAAAGGAGCCCCGUAGUCAACUUCGCAGGAGAUACCACCAUAUCAGAAGGAACUGUCAAGCUCCCGGUGUAUGUAGGAAACACCUGCCAAGCAGUGAGGUUCACGAUUAUCGACAAGCCAAACAUCUACAACGCGAUCUUCGGAACCCCCUGGAUCAACUCGAUGAAAGCAAUACCAUCAACCUACCACCAAUGCAUCAAAAUCCCGCUGCCGGACGGAGUAUGCACGAUCAAAGGAAGCCAAAACACAUCUAGAGCAUGUUUCGUGACAGAACGAAAGAUCAGAGAGCAAAAAGGACGACCAGACGAUCACGACAAGAAACUAAAAGGAAAACUCCGACGACGAAAGAAAGCUUCCGGAAAAGACGCCAAAGUCAAGCAUGUCAUAAUUGGAAAGGAAAGCAUCGGCUCCCAAGACGAAAAGAAAACGCCACCACCGAACGAAAAGGAAAACAUUCCCCAGGCGACUGGAACCGAAGAAACACCAUCAUCGCCGGCCAAGCAAGGACAAACGCAGACAGCCGCCAUUAUCAACAACUGA